UAUUUAUGUAGGCAAAAGAGACAGAGAGAUAAAAGAGAGGGAGAGAGAGAGGGAGAGGGGGAGAGAGAGAAAGAGAGAGAGAGGAGAGAGAAGAAACGGGAGGAGGGGAUAAGGAAAUUAAACCCUUUAAGUCAAUGCAUAUUGUGGUGACACCGGCACAGGCGCCCUCACGGUGGAGUCGGCCAGGGCUGUGCGUUCCCAAAAUAUGACCAGGGGUGCUUGGAUGUGUCGGCAGUAUGACGACGGCUUAAAAAUCUGGUUGGCAGCACCCCGAGAGAACGAGAAACCGUUCAUCGAUUCCGAGAGGGCUCAGAAAUGGCGACUGUCUCUGGCAUCUCUCUUGUUUUUCACAGUCCUGCUCUCUGAUCACUUGUGGUUCUGCGCCGAGGCCAAGCUGACCCGGGCCCGGGACAAGGAGCACCAGCAGCAGCAGCGGCAGCAGCAGCAGCAGCAGCAGCAGCAGAGGCAGCGGCAGCAGCAACAGCAGCAGCGGCGGCAGCAGGAGCCCUCCUGGCCCGCGCUCCUAGCCAGCAUGGGGGAGUCCUCGCCUGCCGCCCAGGCACACAGACUCCUCUCCGCCUCCUCGUCCCCCACCCUGCCCCCCUCCCCGGGAGACGGCGGCGGCGGCGGCAAGGGCAACCGAGGCAAAGACGACCGGGGCAAGGCUCUUUUUCUAGGAAACUCUGCCAAGCCCGUGUGGCGCCUGGAGACUUGUUACCCCCAGGGCGCGUCCUCGGGCCAGUGCUUCACGGUGGAGAAUGCGGACGCGGUGUGCGCCAGGAACUGGAGUCGGGGGGCGGCCGGGGGGGACGGGCAGGAGGUGAGGAGCAAGCAUCCCACUCCGCUCUGGAACUUGUCGGAUUUUUACCUUUCGUUUUGUAAUUCCUACACACUUUGGGAGUUGUUCUCGGGGUUGUCCAGUCCCAACACUUUGAACUGCAGUCUGGAUGUGGUGCUCAAGGAAGGCGGCGAGAUGACCACUUGCAGGCAGUGCGUCGAGGCUUACCAGGACUAUGACCACCAUGCUCAGGAGAAAUACGAAGAGUUUGAAAGCGUGCUCCACAAAUAUUUACAGUCGGAGGAGUACUCGGUGAAAUCCUGUCCUGAAGACUGUAAGAUUGUCUACAAAGCCUGGCUCUGUUCCCAGUAUUUUGAAGUCACACAGUUUAACUGCAGAAAGACAAUUCCUUGCAAGCAAUACUGUUUGGAGGUUCAGACGAGGUGUCCAUUUAUAUUGCCCGACAAUGAUGAAGUCAUAUACGGAGGCCUCUCCAGUUUCAUCUGUACAGGGCUUUAUGAAACCUUUCUAACCAAUGAUGAACCAGAAUGCUGUGACGUCAGGAGAGAAGAAAAAUCAAAUAACCCAUCCAAAGGGACCGUAGAGAAAAGUGACUCCUGUCACAGGACAUCGCUCACAGUGUCAUCAGCAACAAGACUGUGCAACAGCAGACUCAAGCUGUGUGUUCUUGUACUGAUUCUGUUACACACAGUGCUCACAGCCUCGGCAGCACAGAAUACAGCCGGACUGAGCUUUGGAGGCAUCAACACGCUGGAAGAAAACUCAACUAAUGAGGAGUAACGGAAGGACAAGUGUCACCACAGCAGCAGCUGGCCCGCCAUGAAAAAUGGCAACUGCUGUCUCAUGUAACAGAAACUGGGUGCUUUUACCCUCGAAUUACUUAUUGUAAGGCCUUUAGGGUAAAAUUUAAACAGAUGGGCCUGAAUCCAAACAAGGACACAACCACAGCUUUUUAUUGACUAAAAGGCUGGAAAGUGACUUUAAAUUUCUCACACCAUUUUAUACACUGUGUUUUAAUGUUUGGAGGUUUUAUUUGCUUUCGUUUUGGUUUGGGUUUAUUUGUUUGUUUAUUUUUUGCACUUGUUAAUACAGGAUUUAUUUUGGGGGAUGGUUUCUCAGAGGUAAACUAAGUCUUUUCACUGUCUCUAUCUCUCUAUAUUUCUAGUCAUUGUGUGUGUUCAUCAGAUAGUUCUGUCUUUAUGUCCUGUCAGUUUCUAUUAGAGGAAUGAUUGCUAUGACCUCAUGGUAUAGCAAAAAACAACAACAAAAAAAGAAUAAAAAAUAAAAAAGACAAAAAAAAGAAAACAACACAAAAUAAAAAUAAAAAAAAUCCCUAAGUCUCCCUUCUACCCACAGAACCAAUACCCUUCCCGGCCUUUCCUUUCCCUCGCCCUCUUCUCGUCCCCUAAGCAAACAACAUCCGCUUGCUUCUGUCUGUGUAACCACAGUGAAUGGGUGUGCACGCUUGGUGGGCCUCUGAGCCCCUGUUGCACAAACCCAAAACAGAGCGGAGCCAAGGGGGCCUGGCAGGAGUUCCUUUUUAGCUGAACAAACAAGUGCUCUCCAUAAUAGGUGGAAUCAGACAGUUAACACAUUUUUAUGUUGAAAACAAAAUAAAAGGAAAAAAAAAUUAAAAAAACACUAUCAUGAACUGUAUUGCUCCAGUUCCCAUCCCCAAG